UAAUUCACCAUUAUUUUGCUUGAAAAUCCUUUCUUUUAUAUGUCAGUCUAUUUGUUGUGUUAGUUCUCAUACCAAUUUGUUUUAAUAUCUUUGCUUCUUAUCUUGAUGAUUCAUGUAACACUUUUGGUUUUUAUUUGAUUGUUUAGAGGUGUCCCCACUGAUGUUCCAUAGUCGAGAUUGUGGAAUACAUAACAUUUGCAGAUCAGAUGCCAUCACUAAGAAUGAGGACCAAAUCAAGCACGGGUUCUUUAAGAGAAAAAAAUGGUCUCCGCGUGUGGCAGAAGUCUAGCAUGAUUUGUAAAAGACCCUGCUGUCAUGUCAGAGUUUCUCAACAAGAAGCUGAAUUCAUUUCACGCAUUCAAAACUCCCAUGAUAAUUCAUCAAAUGUAGAGGUGACCUCUCAAGUCUUUGAAACUGAUGGAGCCUGUGCUGAACAACUAAUUUUAAAUGAACACAAUUCAGAGCUUCAAAAACAGCUUUCAGUUAUUGUUGAUUCUGCUACAGUAGGGAGAAAGGAAACUGCCUACAGCUGUGCCUCAAACUUAGAGACUAUAUUCUCUCCUUUCCUGGAGUCGAUCUUAAUACACAAUCAACCAAAUAUCGACAAUAAUACAGGUCAUAGUGAUGGCCCUGAAGUGACGGAACUAGGCACCGAUGAUAUUGAUGAUAACAAAAGUUCAUUUGGUAGUCAAACAUGUAAUGUUUCAGAUUUCUUUAUAUCGGACAUGAUAAUUGCGAGCAUACCUUUUGAUGGAAAUGCUGCUGAUGAUAACAUCUCUGGAACCAAUUCAUUUCCUGAUUUCACGUGUUCUGAGCCAAGCAUGUUGUUUGACGUGUCUGAGCAAUACAUGAUGUUGCCUUUCCUCGAGGACACUGUCAAAGUCAAUGAUAUAAAUGAUGUUAAUUUGCACGAGGAAGCUGCGAUGGCUAAAGAAAAUACCGGUUUGCAUCUAGCAAUUGAUCAGAUGAGAACUUGCAUAGAGGAAUCUGAUGUUAACUCCGACUCUGAUCAAGCAGAUGACUUUGACACACAAUCAUUUAUAAAAAGUUUACCAGAACUAUCUGAUGUUGUAUCAAGCUUCCGGCCUACUAAAGUUGCAAUAGAAGCUCGGAGAAGGAAACACAUAACUCUUGUGCUUGAUUUGGAUGAAACUCUUGUCCACUCUACACUUGAACCUUGUGAUGAUGCCGACUUCACCUUUACAGUUUUUUUCAACAUGAAAGAGCACACCGUGUAUGUAAAGCAGAGGCCUCACCUCCAUACAUUUUUUGAGAAAGUUGCAGAGAUGUUUGAAGUUAUCAUCUUUACUGCCAGCCAAAGCAUUUAUGCAGAACAACUACUGAACAUAUUGGACCCAGAUCAAAAACUCAUAUCUCGGCGAGUUUAUCGUCAAUCUUGCAUUUUUUCAGAUGGAAGCUACACUAAAGAUUUGACAGUUUUAGGUGUUGAUCUUGCAAAAGUUGCUAUAAUUGAUAAUUCUCCACAGGUUUUCAGGUUGCAAGUGAAUAAUGGGAUUCCUAUUAAGAGUUGGUUUGAUGAUCAAUCCGAUUGUGCUCUAAUUUCAUUACUUCCCUUCUUAGAGUCUCUGGCUGACGUUGAUGAUGUCCGCCCUAUCAUUGCCAAGAAAUUUGGUAACAAGGAAUAAGAGCACCUCUCUUUCUCUAACUAGCUUCCAAUAUAGUUCCUUGACUUUCUAUUUGCUUUUAAAAUUUGGCCUCUAAUUUAGUACCCAAUUCUCUUCUUCUCUUCAGAAUUAACCGCAAAAUAAGCUAUCAUUUGUCUUCUUCUUGUGUCUGCCUUUUGUUGCUUGUUUCCUUUUCCUUCUCUCCUUAUUUGACGACCCCGUGGAGUCUGCUAUCUAAUUUUUGUUUAUCAAAGGUAAUGCUAAAAAAUGUCUCUGUUUUAUUGUACAGUUAAAUUUCCAAUCAUAUAAGCAUUGUAUAUGAAUUAUUUGUGAAAUAUAAUCUUGCAGAUUCCUGAUUG